AUGUCGUCUUCCGUCACCCCUCUCGAUUAUCCUUAUCCUUUGGAUCUCAGACAUCUUUUCCGCUGUGGUUGGCUUUCGGGCGUGACUGUGGAGUCCGCAGACCAAGAGUUCCGGGUUCACAGCCUACUCCUCUCGCUGCUCUCCGAAGUCUUUGCUGAAUCGGAUGAGGAUAAUUUUCAACUCAAGGAAGAUCACCCUCGAAUUGUCGAAGUCGUGAUGCGAUUCAUCUACCAAAUGAACUAUGAUGAUGUCGUUGAGAAAAGUGGCUUUUCGAAGGUCAAGUUCCACAUAAAGCUCUAUCUCAUCGCAACCAAAUAUUGUAUCGAGAAGUUGUGGAUCUUUGUGGAGGAUAACCUGAAAAGUAUUAUCCAAGAGGGCGUUCUGAAAGAUGGCUUCUCGGAUGCCAUUGAUGAGUAUUACAAUCGUGGAUGUGACGAUGACGGAGCUCAUCGGCACUUGUUCGUGGAAGCUUCCGACUUGAAUUUUCAAGGGCUGAAGGACAGAGAUGAUUUCCUAGAUGUGGUACAAAGGACUCCAGAUUUCGUUUUCGACCUCAUCCUUGAGUUCCGAAAGCGUCUUCCUUGGGGUUGA